AUUUAAAGUCUUCUUUCAUUGCUUAGCGAUUGGCAAAGUUCUUCGGUCUCUAAAGUUUGUCAAAUUCCACAAAAAAUCAGAGGGUAAAGAGACCGACGAACAAGCAGCGGUUUCUGGGGGCCGCCAUCGAUCUGAUUCGGAGCUUAUUUCCCUUUCCAUAGUUCUUUCCCGCCGAUCCUGAUCUUCAUCCCCUUGUCGAUCGCAAACCCUUUUGUUUUCUCAAGAUCAUGGCUUCGAAGCGUAUCUUGAAGGAACUGAAGGAUUUACAGAAGGAUCCGCCCACAUCUUGCAGCGCUGGUCCUGUAGCUGAAGACAUGUUCCAUUGGCAAGCAACCAUUAUGGGACCAUCUGAUAGUCCUUAUUCAGGAGGUGUUUUUCUAGUCAAUAUUCAUUUCCCUCCAGAUUAUCCUUUCAAGCCUCCAAAGGUUGCUUUUAGGACCAAAGUGUUUCACCCAAAUAUCAAUAGCAAUGGAAGCAUUUGUCUCGACAUCCUUAAAGAACAGUGGAGCCCCGCGCUUACGAUUUCUAAGGUCCUGCUCUCCAUAUGCUCAUUGCUGACCGAUCCAAACCCAGACGACCCUCUUGUACCAGAGAUUGCACACAUGUACAAGACCGACCGAGCCAAGUAUGAAGCGAGCGCACGGAGCUGGACUCAGAAGUACGCAAUGGGUUGAGACGGUAUCGUAGCUUGGUGUCGGUGAUGGAUGACGCUGGUGGCGGUAUCUUCGGCCUGCCAUCCUUCUGUAUUUCGUGGUUUCUCCAGUUAUUUGGGCUGUGUAGGUACUUAAAACCAAAGAAACAAACAAGUCUUGUGGUUUUCUUCUCUUUGCCACUGGAAUUUAUGAAUGAAAGAUUCAAGCACUUUGUCAAAUUAACUGGAUUCAACAUUCCUCUUCGUUGGAAUUUCAUUCAAGCAGUUAUUUAUCCCUUACAACAA